UCCACCGUAAGAAGUUCAGUACAAUUUACACUUCUACAGAGAGGGAAAAUUGAUUUAAUUUUGCAAAAUCAAAGAAUGUCAGCGCGCCAAACUUCCCCACCCUAAUUUCUCUAUUUCCCUCAAUCCCUCUCCUCCUCCAUCUCUCUGUAGUCUCUCCCUGAUGGCCGAUAUUGAACCUCCAUCUUUCUCUCUCGGCCUGGAUCUCGAUGCCGAACCGGAACCCCAAAUACUCACUCGACACCAUCAACAGUCCGGUCUCAAUUCAGCCCCAGGUCGGAGCUCCUGUACCCUCUUGCAGGACGAUAAUGAUGAUGGAUAUUUCCAACCCCGAGUCACCAAUUCCGAAGAAGAUGAUUUCGGGCUUCAGGUUAUGGAUUCAGAUCCCGAAGAUGGACCAUAUUCGCCCCGGAUAUUCAAGCGGCUGAGGCGAGGACCUGCAAUCGAGGAACCAAGAUUGAAAAAUAAAGAAAAGGAUGUGGUUUGUUGUGAUGAUGAGAUUGAAGAGUUUUCCUCGCAGGAAGAUUUGGUUAGAGCAGAUGCACAUUCAUCAAAACGGUACAGUUCUGUAUGUAGUAGUUCAAAGGUUCAUCUGCAUGGUUCUGGGGUUCUGACUACCCAAUCUUCAAGCCAGAAGAAAAGGAAAGAGUCUUCAGAUGCUCCAUCCUCUUCUCAUGCAGAGACUGGCUACAAUGGUUUGGUAUUUCCUAAGUUAACUAGAAGUCCUCUUCGAAGGUUUCAGUUAAUUGAUUCUGAUUCUGAUUCUGAAGAGCCUCCUGUGAAUGAAGAUGUAAGUGAAAAAACUACUUCAUCCCUAAAGGAGCAGAAGCUGCCUGCAUGUGAACAAAGAAGAAAUCAAUCAGCAGAGAAACAUCAAAAUGAUGAUUUGUGGAGAGAUUUCUAUCCAGUAAAGAAUUUUCACAUUCCAACACCUGUUCUGGAUGAGGUAUGUGAAGAAUAUUUCCAAUCCCUUCAAGAUAAGAAUGCAGCCCAGAAAGUGGGAAGUGAUUUAUAUAAAGGCAGUGUGGGCUGUCAUACAGAUUUAAAUAGCAUCACAGGCUAUGAGCAACGAUGGAAUGCAGCUGACCCUCUCCCUCCAGCUCAUCAUUAUUUCUUCCAUGAUGAUUCAAGGAUUCAGACACUAGUCCGCUGUCGCUUACCUAACUUUUCCCCUUUGGGCAUAGUUAACAAGGGAAAUCAGCAGCGUAGUGAAUCAGUCAUUAAUUACAUGAGUCAAUUCCAUGGAGAAGCUUCUAAGCAGGGGGGAAGGCGAGGAAGUCAUAAUGGGAAAGGCUCAACAAGGGGAAGAAAUAAAUUAGAGAAAUCAAAUGCCAGAGCAGUCAUGAGUGCUUCUGAAGGCUGGGUAGACCCCAAAAGCAGUUCUAGUAUUCCGAAGGAUGCUGGGAAAAGACGUGUUCGUGCCAAUGGUCAAGCUGCUGGUCACUGGUUUACAUCCCCUGAGGGGAGGAAGGUUUAUGUUUCCAAAAGUGGUCAGGAGUUGACCGGUCAAAUUGCCUACAGACACUACAGAAAGGAGAGUGGAGGGUUUAGAAAGUCAAAGAAGAAAACCAAUGGGAAGAGGAAGAAAGGCUGAAUGUGGAUGUCAGCGCACCUCCUUUGCAUUUUUUUUUCUUUUUUGUUUCUUUUUUUGCCUUAUACGUGCAAGUUAAUUCUUGUAAACAUUGUAGAUUAGAUUUUUCAUGUGGCUCAUCUGCAAUCAAGUUUGUAUUCUUGGCAAUGCAUUUUCAAAAACAUCUGCCAAACAUCAUUCAUACGAGGAUGCUCAUUCUAAGAUUCAAGUCUUGGGAUGGUAAUGGGAGAAAAAUCCAUUAAUCUCUGCAAGUGCAAUAAAAGAACUUUGGUUUAGGGGACUUCGUAAAA